AUGGCACUGAAGCUCCGGGGAGUCAGAUGGUGCGCGGUGGCGGGAUGUGGCUGCUGUGGUUGCUUGGCCCGGUGCGUGCGGGCUGCUGGAGCGCUGGGCCUAGCGGACGCAGCAGUGGAGAGCAGCGAGCGUCUAGCGGCGCUUCUAGUUCGUGUCUCGCCCUGCAAGGCCUGGUGGACGUCUUUGUCGCCGGAAAGAUUCUGGGCACGACUGGGGGGGCGCAAGAUGCAGGCUUGGGCUGCUAGUGUCGAAGUCUGGCGGAGGGGCAAGACGUCAGCCGUGCGAGAAGGAUCGGCGCGAGGAGAUGCAGCAGAGCGACAAAGGCACAAUUGGCACAAGCGAAGACGGAUCGAGUUUGCGACUGGCAGGCGAGCCAAGGGCGAAGCGAGUUGGCAAUCAAUUUGA